AUGAAUUCGUAUUCAAAUCUUGAUAGAGCUGAUGCCGAGAGCGUUACGGUUUGGCUUACUUCAUUUUUGGCUAACCCAAAUUCAUUGGCUUUGCUUAGUCCAACAACUAAAUCUAAUUUAGUAAAUUCUCUUCUCGAAGACCUCGCCGAAAAUGGGGUUCAAGAAGAAUGGAAUGAUAAAGCACGAUUACUGGCCUUACAAACGUUAAAAACGUUGGGGCGUGAUCCAAUUGGAUGUGAUCUCAUGUUUUCUGAUUCGGGGUUUCAUACUCUUAUGGCUCACGCUCAUAUCCUUCAAGAUUUCGGAGAAUUAGUUGAUACUCCUGUCUCGCAAGAAGCAUUAAUAUGCAUCGCAAAUGCGCUUCUAAUGAAAGAAGAUACACGUGACUUGUUCGAAAAGCACAAAGGCCUGCCUAACUCGAUCUAUCGACUUAGGCAAGAAAUUCUUUCGAUAAAUUCGCAAUUUCUUUUUUCUCGUAUUCUCUUUCUUAUGACGGUAAAACCAUGUAUUGCUGUUAAACAGUUGAUCGAUGAACUUGAUAUAAUUGAUCUUUUGACCAAAAGCAUAUCAACUCAUGUCAACGAAAUAUCUUCUCCGGACGCAAGCCAAGAAUUCACCACACCAUUCACGCGAGAAAUGGUGUUAAAUGAACAACUAAAAUUAAUUUUUAAUUUAAUGGUAAACGAACCUAAAUUAGAUCGUGAUGAUGAGAAGAACAAAGAACCUGUUAUCACCUCAAAAUUCAACAAAUUACUUUAUCCAAUCAUUCAAAUAAUAACAAAAAUUACGCUGCCCUCGCCUUUGCCACUUGCACCGCCACAUUCUCAUGCGAUUCACGCGCUUUUAAAUUUUCCGAUUGAACAAUGCAAAUCGAUUUUGUUUCCGCCCGAGCCACCAAAUGAACAAUAUUUGUUAGUUGAAAUACUGUUAAAUAUUUUUCAAGAAAUGAUCUUCAUCGCCAUAAAGGGUGACCCUGAUUCCGAUACUGAUCAUCAAACAAAUUACCGUGUGGACUUUGACGAAGUGAUAACACCUUUGGUAGUGUUAUUGAAAAAGUUUUGCGAAGAAGACCAAACGGCUAAAGCAAAAAUAAAAAAUAAACUAUUGCCCGAUGACAUUGACCGUUCUAAGCCAUUAGAGAAAGGAGAAACAUUAUCUGCGCGACUUAUUAGAUUAAUGACGUCAAUCAUGUUUCCUAAUCUACGAGAUAAUGUCAGCGAAUUAUUAUUCGUAAUUUGUAAUGAAGAUGCACAACUCUUAAUUCAUCACGUUGGUUACGGAAAUGCAGCUGGUUUCCUUAUGAAGCGAAAUAUCCUGAUACCGCCGACCAGUUCUAGCAAUUUAUCAGACGAAACAGGUAAAGCAAUUAACCCUAUUACCGGCCAAUAUUACCAAGAGAAUGCACCAUCACUAGCCGAUAUGACCGACGAGGAAAAGGAAAGAGAGGCCGAAAAAUUAUUUGUAUUGUUUGAACGUCUCAAAAAAACGGGUGUAAUGUCCGUCGUUAAUCCGGUUGAACAAGCUAUAAAUUCUGGAAAAUUGGAAGAAAUAAACGAUGACGAUGAUUCUUCUUAG